ACCCCCUUUUUUUCUCAAAGCCCUCAUACCUGUAUUUCCCUUCUCAACCCUAAACAUACACUGCCUCUUCUGCCCCUGUAAUUCCCAAUCUCUCUUCCUCUCCUUCUUGCCCUUCACGAUUUUCUCCACAAUUUACCCGCCAAUUUCCUUCCACUCCGUCUUUUCAAAUUGUCGUUGUUUUUUGCCCCUUUUUUCUUCUGCAACCUCUGUUUCUCUUCUUCCUGCAAUUCCAAGACCUCGACUUUCGAGCUCGAUCCGCCUUCUGCAGCUUCGGGAUUUCGAUUCUUGGUGUUUUGAGUAAAACCCAGUUCGUCUUUUUGUUGAUUUGAUCGAUUUGAUCGAUUUUGAAGAUGAGCUUGUGAAUUUAAUUGGCUGGAGCUAGGGUUUGGAUAAUUUCAGAUGUGUGCAGAUUCAGAGUUGAUGCUUGAUGUGAUAGAGGCAUGUGAAUCUUUACUGACCGUAGUUAUAUUGAUUUGUAGACAUGCUUUAGUACAGUUUGAAAGGCAGUGCUUCCAACUAUAAAUUGGUUGUUUCUUUGGGGGACUGUGGAGCUAUUGCUGUCUUUGUUAUACCUAAUACAGCGGGUUUGACUUCUUUGAUGGCUAACCACGAUUUGAUGCUUGGGCAAAGUCACAAUUUAGCGCUUGGGCAGAAUCAGCAAGUACUGGGCCACAAUCAUAACAUAGGACUUGGGCAAAAUCAUGAUUUUCAAUUGGGACAGUCUAGUGAGCAUCAUUUGGGUUUGGGACAGGCCCAUGACCAUGACGUGGGUUUAGGGCACGCUGAUCAUGAAUUGGGUUUAGGACAGAGCCAUGACCAAGAAGGGGAUGAUGGUCACAGCUAUGGGCAUGAUAACGAGUUAGGUGUGGAUCAGAAACCUAAUCAUGAUGACCAUGAAAUGGCUCUUCCUACUCAGAACCAUAAUAUGGUCUUAGAGAACAAUGAACUGGCCGUCUCAGAGGGCCAAGAACUUGAUGAAAAUAUGGAACUGUCUAUGGUUCAAAAUAAUGAAAUGGGGAUAGAAUCUGCCCAUGGUUUGAGUAUCCAGGAAUCUGAUUUUGCACUCAGCCCCAGUCCUGUGAUUCAGGCCCGUAUGGCGCAUGUAAAUCCCAAUUAUGAAUUGUCAGUGGGGCAAGAGUUCCCUGAUGUCAAGAGCUGCCGGAGGGCACUAAGGGAUACUGCUAUUGCUUUACACUUUGAAAUGCAGACUAUUAAAUCUGACAAGACUCGCUUCACUGCCAAAUGUGCCACUGAGGGAUGCCCAUGGCGUAUUCAUGCUGCAAAGCUUCCUGGAGUUCCAACUUUCACAAUCAGGACCAUCAUUGAUAAUCAUACAUGUGGAGGAAUUUCUCAUCUUGGCCAUCAGCAAGCCUCAGUUCAAUGGGUUGCAAAUUCUGUGGAGCAACGGCUUAGAGAGAACCCUAAUUACAAGCCAAAGGAGAUACUGGAGGAGAUUCACCGAGUUCAUGGUAUCACCUUAUCAUACAAGCAAGCUUGGCGAGGCAAGGAGCGUAUCAUGGCUGCAAUGCGUGGUUCCUUUGAAGAAGGGUAUCGCUUGCUUCCACAAUAUUGUGAACAGCUUAAACGGACAAACCCAGGGAGUAUUGCAUCCGUCUAUGCAUGCGUGGAUGAUAACAGCUUCCAACGCCUCUUCAUAUCAUAUCAGGCAUCAAUUUAUGGUUUCCUGAAUGCUUGUCGGCCCCUCCUUGGACUUGAUAGGACAUAUUUGAAAAGUAAGUAUCUGGGAACUUUGCUUCUUGCGACCGGUUUUGAUGGUGAUGGUGCUCUCUUUCCUCUGGCAUUUGGGGUUGUUGAUGAGGAGAAUGAUGAUAACUGGAUGUGGUUUCUUUCUGAACUUCAUAAUCUGCUUGAGAUUAAUACAGAAAAUAUGCCUAGGCUUACAAUUUUGUCAGACAGGCAGAAGGGCAUUGUAGAUGGAGUUGAAGCAAACUUUCCCACUGCUUUUCAUGGAUUUUGCAUGCGUCACUUGAGUGAUAGCUUCCGCAAAGAGUUUAACAAUACAAUGCUUGUUAAUCUUUUAUGGGAGGCUGCUCAAGUUCUCACUGUUAUAGAAUUUGAAGCAAAAAUUUUGGAGAUUGAAGAGAUAUCACAAGAUGCUGCAUAUUGGAUUCGGCGAAUUCCACCUCGCUUGUGGGCUACUGCUUAUUUUGAGGGAACAAGAUUUGGGCAUUUGACAGCUAACGUAGUUGAAUCUCUAAAUGCUUGGAUAUUGGAGGCGUCGGGGCUUCCAAUCAUUCAGAUGAUGGAAUACGUCAGAAGGCAGCUGAUGACUUGGUUCAAUGAGCGUCGAGAGAUCAGUAUGCAGUGGACAUCGAUUCUUGUGCCCAGUGCAGAGAGACGUGUUUUGGACGCUGAAGAGCGUGCACGCACUUAUCAGGUCCUUCGUGCUAAUGAGGCUGAAUUUGAAGUUAUAUCCCAUGAAGGGACGAACAUAGUGGACAUUCGAAACCGUUGCUGCCUUUGUCGGGCCUGGCAGCUUUAUGGUUUGCCAUGUGCACAUGCCGUUGCAGCACUUAAAUCGUGCAGGCAGCAAGUCAACCGAUUUACAGAGAGCUGCUUCACAGUCACCACCUAUCGGAAGACAUACUCACAAACAAUACAUCCUAUUCCAGACAAGUCCCUCUGGAAGGAGUUAUCCGAGGGAGAUCCAAAUGGGAGCAUGAUUGUUGAUGUUCUAAUCAAUCCACCUAAGUCCCUCCGCCCACCAGGACGGCCGAGAAAGAAGCGUGUCCGAGCAGAAGACCGUGGCCGUGUGAAGCGAGUGGUGCAUUGUAGUCGGUGCAAUCAAACCGGCCACUUUAGGACGACUUGUGCGGCCCCCAUCUAGAUUGUGUCACUGCUUGGAGAUUAGUUGCUGCUGCUAUACAAUCUGAGUACGUCCCUCGUUUGUGCAAAGGAAUUCUUGCUUUGUGAUUAUUUAUGUAGUUUUUGUUAGUUAGUUCGGUAAUUAUAUAGUGUAUUUCGUGGAAGUUAUAUGGAUAUCCUGUCAUAAUAUGAAUGUUAUUAACACCAAUAAUUUUCAACGUUGACGGUGAUAUCAUGGUGUUUGUAUCACUGGUUAUACA